AUGCGAGUCCAUAUUUCACUACAGCUCUUGGGGUUCCUUGUCCUCGCGAAUGCUGUCGAUAUCAGUGCCAACGAUAGCCGUCAAGGAGGACGACUGCACACGCUUCGGCGAACAAAAGGAAAGACUGACGAGCUCACUCCUGAUGAGAACAUCGAGGUGGCCACCGACGUACCCAGCUCAUCAAAAACGAAAGGCAAGGGAUCUAAAUCCGACAAGGGCCGUGACCGCUCCGAUUACCCGUCGUUGGCACCCGUCGCUCAGCCAAACAGCUUGCCGGUCACUGUGCCAGGCGACAUGCCCAGCUCCAGUCCUUCGCCAUCAAGUCCAGGCAACGUGCCUUCUGCGACUUUGUCCGACGUUCCGAGUUCGUCAUGGACGUCCGCUACCCCAAGCGCCGUACGCGCUCCGUCUAUUUCGGGUGCUCCGAGUAUCAUUCUUUCCGCUGUUGAAAGUAACAUUCCAAGCACCAUUCUUUCCAUGCUUGAUUCCGACGCUCCAAGUACCCUUCUUUCCACGUUCGAUUCUGAAGCGCCGAGCGAUGUACCGAGUGACGUGCCCUCAGCUGUUCCGACAGAAGGUGUGGACCCCAUACGAAGAAGUGAGGGCAAACCCGGUCGCGCGGAGAAAAACGAAAAUUCGCCUUCCCUUCACGGCCAAGUUUACAGUUAA